AUGGAUUCCGCGUCGUCAUUUUCAAUCGACAAUAUAUUAAGAAAUAAUCCAUCUUCGAGAAAUACAAGCCAGUUGUUUAGUGGACAGAAUGGACACCGCGCUCUCACAUUAGCGGAGCGCUUAGCAGGUAUGUUGUAGAACUUUUAAAAUUCUUUCUUAAUUUGAUAUUUGAGCCAUCAUAUUUGAAACAGCUAAGAGAAAGGGUGAAAUUAAAUCAACCAUCUGCAAAACUCUUUAUCAUCGAUUAAAUCGUCAACGCGAGAAUGAAAUUAUGAUUGACUCGGGGCGGUUUUACAUGUAAACCCAUGGAGUUUUUAUAGCAUCAGACUGAAAACGCGAAAUCCUUAUUCAUUUGGGUUAUAAUUCUACGAGGAAACUAACGCUAUCCUUGCUUAUGCCACUUCCCUCGAGAAAAAUAUUCAGGCCAAGGAUAAAGAACUGACUUCGAAUCCGUUAAGAUGCAUUUCAAAAGAAACAGAUUAAACUAUCUACUGUCUCUUAGUAUCUGUCAGUAAGAGCUCAAUGGAUACACGGGUUGUUUAUUUGGUAUGAGUUGAUGUUGUUUCAAAAAGCCAGCUUGUGAGUUAUCAUUCAGUUAACUUGUUUAUCUAACACGCCAGUCAUUUUCCCUGAAAUUUUCGGUGGCUCUGUUUCUUCAGUUUAAAAAAAGAUGUGUUUUCAGGGAAACAAAGUACAACAAACUCUGCACUUUGCAGGGUGGCAAUGCGUAAUCUCGUAAAUCUCACCACAAUGCUUUCCCUUAAUAUACUUUCAUUACCAUUUAAACCAGGCAGUAAAACUUGUAAAGCUACAUGCGAACGGAUGCAACAAUGUUAGCCAAUUGGUCAACAUUGUUGCGUCCGUUUGCUAAAAGUUUGACCGGUUUCAAACGCUGCACAACAACAUGCAACAGGGUGUGCAAACGAACGCAACAUGUAAAAUUCAACAAUGUUGGGAGUUGUUGGUCAACAAUUUUUUACGUCCUUUUGCACGUAGCUUAAAAACCACCAGGAACGAAAGCUAACAAAAAAUGAGCAUCAAAUCUAUUCAGCGAUUCUGAAACUCCAACUAAAAAGUAUAAGAGGAAAGGUGGGAGAUAAUAUAUCAGUUUGAAAGAAGGGAGCGCCUCUCACGCGCGCAAUCUUUUGGUGGGGCCUCCUUCAGUAGUUUCACUGUGCAGUCCUAUGGCCUCCCGUUCCACCGGGAGACCUUUGGUUUUGGGGUGGGCCUGAAUGCAUUCCAGUGCUUAAAGUGUCAAGGGAAAGAAACAUUGUCGUGAGCACGGUAAUUUUAGUUGCAUAGCAUUUGUUUUCUUCCGGCAAUAACAUGUGCUUUGUUUUUCAAAUUAAAAGGUUUUUAAACAAAUGAAAGGAUUUAUUUUCUCUGUUAACGAAAAGUUUUUGAGUGGUCGGCGCGAGGACUGGAUGACGGUUUUCGUCGAGCGCCGCGGCGAAAAAAUACGGUUGUAUUUUUUCACACAUACAUAUUUUUGGUAAUUAAACCUACUUGUUUUACAUAUUUGUUCAUACAUACGGAUGUGACCAGAAAUUGAACUAUCAAAUAGGACUGUACACCCUUAUUUUAUAUAUAUAAAUGUUGUUUUUCCGGCCCAGGCUAAAUAUUUUUAUUUUUUUGUCGAUUUUACGCUGAAAAUAUUCCGUUGAAUUAUUCUUAAUUCUUAAUUAUAGCUUGUGUCAUUUUCCGCUUUAGAAUGUAUUAGGAUUUCAAUUACCAGUGUUCUUGCCGUUUAGUAAAAGGAAUAAUUUUCUACGGUUAAGUUAAAACACAAAAUGUACUGUAUUUACAGACGUUCAAAUCCUUUUCAAAUUCUCAGCCUCGAGUUUAUUCCUGAAAUAUUCUUAAAAUUUCGCAAAUUUCAACCUCAAUAUUUUAUUAAAAUAUAUUCUUAUUGGGAAAAAAAGCGUACGGUGUUGCAACGUACGUGUUUGCGCACAUGUUUAAUCCAUAUAAAAUACUAAUGUUUCUAUAGUUUUGUCAGCUGGUAGUUUUAAUGAAAAACGAAGAAUUUACCAAAAGAAUUUACCAAAAUUAAACUAACGGAAUGUGUUUGUUGCAGAUGUAAUCCUUGAGGUUCACUACAGUACCGCAAGGGGGAAGCACCGUCGAUCGCGCACAGCUUUUACUUAUCAACAGCUCCAGCUGCUAGAAAACACCUUUAGUAAAACGCAUUACCCGGAUGUUGUUAUGCGAGAACAGUUGGCACAUUGGACAGAUCUUCCAGAAUCAAGAAUCCAGGUACUGUCAGUUAAAAAUUGUGUACCACCAAAAAAGUCAUCAUAGACCAACUCAUUGAUUCACAAUCAAUAAACAAUUUUAGCUUAAAGAAUACCCCUACCAUACACUCUUUCUUUAUAAGAAUAUAUUUUAUAAGAAUAUUAAGGCUGAAAUUUGGGAAAACUUCUGAAUAUUUUAAGAUUCAUAAAGCCGGGCUGACUCCUUUCUCUAAACGCAAAACUAAUCAACAAAACGAAAAGAAAAAAGUAUAUGCCUGCUUCUGGUUUUGUGAACAGUUGUUUGAAGAAAUUAGAGUCAAACCUUUCUGCAAAGCAAUCUUGGUGAAAGAGGCCAGUGGCCAUUGUAGAGUGGUAGCCAUUCUGGUGAUGAAGGGGUAAAGUGACACUACUUUUGAAGGAAGAGGUGUAGAACAUUCAUAUUCUUAAAAAUGUUCACCAUAGUAUAUAUAUGUAGGUAACACAAGCAAAAUGGGUCAGCAAAACAGAAAACAAAUUUUGGCAACAAAAAUAUUUUAAAAUACAGUAGGUAAAGGUACAAUGAAUAUGUUGUGAUUCAAUUUUAUCUUUGGUUUCAAAUUUUAUUUUCAUUUGUUUCAAACUCAUUAUCACACAUUACCAUACCUCAAAAAACAAAGUUAAAAUUGAACUACAACAAAUACAUUUGUCAGGAGCCUAUAAAUGGUUUUCACUGUGACGUCAUCAAAUUGUAAAGUCAAAAUAGCGAGGUUUUACGAUUUCCUAUUUACACUAGGUUGAAGAUAAACAAAAAGCAAAUCUUUGUACAAGUUUCCAUUUCCGUAGCAUUUUUCGGUUCGAAAAUACAGCAAUUUGAACUUCCGAGUUUUCACAGUGCGUGACACCAAAAUAGGAAUGCUGUCUCGUUGAAAAAAAGUCUCUCCUCUUGAUUUUCAGCAGUAUAACCACUCCAAGUAUUAGAAAAUAUGUUUAUGCGUACGUAUGCUAGUUCUCGAGUGAAAAGAAAGAGCUUUUAUAGAAAAAGUGAACUCCAGAUGUUUUUGUUGUUUUCCGGCGGCCAUAUUGGUGCACCAAAACGGUGCACCAAUAUGGCGUCUCCAUACAAAGCUCUACAAAGGUGCGUGAAACGUUUCGGCAAAUAACUCAGAAACUAUAAGCCACAAAGACCUGAGACUUGGACAAAUUGUUUAUAUAUUAAAGUUUUAUAACAUUUCAUUUUUUUGGCUUCUUCCACUGGACGGUUUCCAAUUUAAUUUUCUGUUGCGUGACAGUGAAAACGAUCUAUUACCCGUGUCUGUACAUCAUUUUCUUUUAAGUGGACAAUGUGGAAAGGUUAUAGUAACACUCGGGAGGAGUUUUACUAACCGUCACCUUUGUAGUGGUAAAUGGUAAAACAGUGAAUGUAAGGAAAGGUCCCCCGGACAAAAACAGAGGCCGGUGUGGAAAGAUGGCUGUUAGAAGAGGUUCCACUAUAUGUCACACUAGCCAGUACACAUGCACUUUUUUCUUCCUUUUUAUUUUCAUUUGGCGAGUGUAGAAAAAAACUUGCACUUAAGGUCAAAAAAUCUCCGGCGGUUAUUAUUUUCUUACAAGUGCUCGACCAUCUCUAAAAAGAAAAGUUAGUUGUAUGAACAAGCUAAUGGCGCGGGCACGGACACACCUCAUUAGAGUGAAGGUUCAUGGUUGAUUCUUCGUUCUUUAUGAAAAGACAGUGGUAUUUACAUUACACAUGUUACAUUACAUAGGUUUGGUUCAAAAACCGAAGGGCCAAGCACAGAAAGCAAGAACAAGUGAGAAAAUUUAAAAAUUCUGGCAGCGGCGUUAAGCCUUCCUCUAAACUGGAAAAAACAUUGGAUAAUACUACUUCAGAGAGUAAGGCAACAAUGAGAGUUCCAUUGCCUGUCCCACCGAGUAUAAGUCUAACAGACGACAGUACACCGUCAUCAGCAGAAACGACAGUUACAACAACUCAACGUGAAUUAGCAAUAAGCGCAAAGUUAACUUCAUACACAAGCGCCGAGAUAUUUUCCCAUCAUGGACAGCCAUACACUUACGAACAAUAUCCAGUCAACCGGUACGAUAAUCAAUGGCUUUGCUCUGAUCUAGAGUCUAGUUAUCCGGCCCUACCAGCGAUUGACAGCGGCACUCAUAGUUGUUCUGGUUUUGACCACGAUAUGAGGCCAGAAAGAAACAUAUCAAGUGCAACAUUCUCUACAAGGAGACCUACUUCUUCAAGUGUCGAUUUGUGGCGAUGUCAGGCAGGCUUACACAGCGGCUAUUGUAAAUGGACCGGUCCUACGGGGUGUUACCCAUACUGA